GACGCAGGCGCACUCUCCACGAUUCCUACUCCCGUCGCGGUCUCGGCAAAAAUUUCGGCCGAGAAGCGAGCGGCGAGGCCGAGGCCCCGGCCCAGCCCCGGGGGAGAGGCCGCAACCCGGGGGAAGGGCGACGGUGCGGCCCGACCGCCAGCUCAGUCGGCACCGGAGCCCGCGGUGGUGGCGCUGAAUGAGCGGAAGCCGAGUAAACCUCAGUCUAUUGAUGGAAGAGUCGACUGCCUGUUAAAGAUUCAUUGGCCAGCUUGCUGCCAGAAUGGAUGAGCAGGAAGCGCUCCACUCCAUCAUGCAGGACCUGGCCGUGCUGCACAUGGCAAGUCGACCUCUCCUGUCACUGCACGAGACAGGGAAACCCAAGACCUCAUCCGGUAAUCAGAAUGACGUUAGAGUCAAAUUUGAGUUUCGUGGGGAGAAGAGAAUCUUGCAGUUUCCCCGACCAGUUCUGCUUGAAGACAUUGCAGCUAAAGCCAAGGUUGCCUUUGGUCAGCCGAUGGGUCUGCACUACACCAAUAACGAGUUAGUGAUUCCUCUGACCACACAGGACGAUUUGGAUAAAGCCAUCGAACUCCUGGAUCGGAGUGUGCACAUGAAGAGCCUCAAAAUCCUGUUGGUGCUGCAGUCAAACAACCAGGUAACAAGCCUCAGCAACAUGCAGGCUUUACAAAUGCUGGAUGACUUGGACAACAACAGCGUCUACAUGGGUGCUGAGAGGAAAAACCGGCUCCCAGUGAUAGCUUCACAGACAUCAGAUAGGAGCUCUCCACCACCUGGGUACAUUCCAGAUGGACAGCAGCAGGUCGCACGAAAUGGAUCCUAUACCAGCAUCAACAGUGAGGGCGAGUUCAUUCCAGAGAGCAUGGACCAAAUGCUGGACCCACUGUCAAUGAGUAGUCCUGAGAACUCGGCAUCUGGGAGCUGUCCCUCCCUUGACAGUCCCUUAGACAGUGAUAUUUAUCCCAAGGCUCGAAUGCCUAGGGCGCAGAGUUAUCCGGAUAAUCAUCAGGACUAUUCUGAUUGUGAUAUCCCAACAUUUGAUAAAAUUGGGAAGGGUGGGACAUACCCACGAAGAUAUCACAUUACCUAUCAGCACCAUGACUACACUGACGGUCGCAAAACUUUUCCCAGGGCCAGAAGAACUCAUGGAAACACUUUCCGUUCCCCGGUUAACUUUAGUCCCACAGAACUGUCUCUGAGCACCAGCAGUGGGAGCAGUGUCUUUACGCCGGAGUACGAGGACAGCAGGAUGCGGCGAAGGGGAAGUGACAUUGAAAACCCUACCCUUUCUGUUAUGGAUAUCAGUCCGCCUAGCCGUUCUCCAAGAGCACCUUCAAAUUGGAGACUGGGCAAGCUGCUGGGUCAGGGGGCCUUUGGCAGGGUCUACCUGUGCUACGAUGCGGACACAGCGCGAGAGCUGGCAGUGAAACAAGUUCAGUUCGACCCGGAUAGUCCUGAGACGAGCAAGGAGGUAAAUGCUCUUGAAUGUGAGAUCCAGUUACUGAAGAACCUCCAACACGAGAGAAUUGUUCAGUAUUAUGGCUGUUUGAGGGAUCCUCAGGAGAGAACCCUAUCAAUCUUCAUGGAAUAUAUGCCAGGGGGUUCAAUAAAGGACCAACUGAAAGCCUAUGGUGCACUGACAGAGAACGUGACACGGAAGUACACACGGCAGAUUCUGGAGGGUGUUUCCUAUCUGCACAGUAACAUGAUUGUACACAGGGAUGUAAAAGGUGCGAACAUUUUACGGGACUCAGCCGGCAAUGUGAAGCUGGGAGAUUUUGGUGCCAGUCGACGGUUACAGACAAUCUGCUUGUCGGGAACGGGCAUGAACUCAGUCACAGGCACCCCUUACUGGAUGAGCCCAGAAGUGAUCAGCGGAGAAGGUUAUGGCCGAAAAGCCGAUAUCUGGAGUGUUGGGUGCACGGUAGUGGAGAUGCUCACCGAGAAACCCCCCUGGGCUGAGUUCGAAGCUAUGGCUGCAAUCUUCAAGAUCGCCACUCAGCCGACAAACCCCCAGCUGCCUCCUCACGUGUCGGACCACAGUCGGGACUUUUUGAAAAAGAUAUUUGUGGAGGUGAAGCAGAGGCCGUCAGCGGAAGAACUGUUACGCCACACCUUCGUGCACUAUCACUAGCGACUAACCUCAGCCUCCAAUAUGUUUAUUUUCUAUCUGAUUGCACUUUUUCAGCGUAUAAUUUUGGUGAUUCUAGGUGUUUCCUAGGUUGUAAUUUAUACCUAAAUUCGUAUUUAUAAUGAAAUUUUUUUGGCAUUCUCAGAAAGGGAAUGAUCGGAAGGUUUUUUACAGUGUAUUCACACAGUACUCUGAUGUUCUUCAAGGUAAAGCACUUUAUUACAUAACUCAUUCCUGGUUACAGAUUGUCAGAUGCCACAUAGCUGGCCCUAGUUCCCUCACUAAUUAUACAAAUUCCGUCCAUAGCAGGGAUGGAGCCCUCUAAAUGUAUUCAACCACCGCUCCUAAUCCAAGAGGCUGUUGUGCAAACUAUUCCUGCAUUUCUAGUUUGCUAUGGAUGAUAUGAACUGUGUCUGGAAUUCCUGCAGGUUCCCUCAUAGUCCAGUUCUGCACCCUAGAAACCAGAAUUAUCAUUAUACAAGACCACAAUAUCCAUCAGCUCCUUCUUCAACAUCCACCGGAACAAGAUGUACUCCAGAUGGAGCGGGAAGAAGAUGUAAUAUCUCCUUAUUGAUCAGGAGCCCGCUUUGGAACCUGCCCAGGAAACAUUUUCCUACAACUGAUACCACCGUCAGCACUCCAGACAAACCCAUUAUUUUAUGUCUUAAACAUGUAAUUAAGAAUAUUUGUUGUUUGUCCUCUAUGUCUUUGGAUUCUAUUGAGGUGACACCUGAGGUGAUAAACACAAGAGAUUCUGCAAUCCGGAGUAACAAACACAAAGUGCUGGAGGAACUCAGCAGGUCAGACAGCGUCUACGGGGUUGACAUUUUGGAUGAGGCCUUUCACCAAUCUUGAUGUAGGAUGUUGGCCCGAAACAUCGACUGUUUAUUCCUCUCCUGACCUGCUGAGUUACUCCAGCAUUUUGUGUAUGUUACUGUGGGUGAAGGGUUAUCUGGCUAGCCCCGGCAAGCUUCACACCAGGUUGCCUCUGGGCAGCGGUACUGAGGCCAUCUCUGCCACACUGUUCUGAAACUUGGUGCCAUUUCAGUUACCAAGCAGGUGCCGUUAUACUUAAUAUUACCACAAACUGAACUGAUGCCUUUACCUUAUUCCCAGCUGUGCCAAGCGCGAUUCUCCUGAACUCUGCAGGCCUCGGACUUAAAUUGUAAUCUGAGUUUAAUUAAUCUCAGGAAUUUACAGUGCCGGAGACAUCAGCAAUGAGCCUGCACUAGGUGUCAUUCAGUCCCCCUUCAUGGAUCCUUGCGAGGAUAAGUUCAUGAGUUACAUCAACUCUUGUGCCAUUCUGUGCUACGAUGACCUGUCUGGCCGUUGCAGUCUUCCUUCUGUGGCACUUCCUCUGCAGUCUUCCUCAUUGCGCCUUCCAUUACUGAGACAAGGACCACAAGCAGUUCAGGUAGAAAAUGCUCAGGAUAGACGCGUGGGUACAAUUUACAAAAACACAGCAUCGACAAGCUCAUAAGUCACCAGAAAUAGCUAAUCAGUACUGUACUUUGAUCAAACUGUGUCCUGGGCUAAUAUAUGCAAGAGGUUUUGAUUGGCACUAUGCAAAGUGGCUCCAGAUUAACUUGAGACAGUAUUGUUCUUUAUGGGCCUGGUAUUUCAGUAUCCUCUGUAGCCUCACACUUCAGCUGUCCAACUUUCAUUUUCCACUUUCACAUAAAGACAAGCUAGUUAUGAAGUGUUUCUAAAUAUUCACUUUAUUCCCAAACAGCAUGCUUUCUAUCUCAAAGUUGCUAAAACUUAAUCCUAUCAAAAAAUUUACUGCAUAUUUCCCCAACUCCCCUGCUUUUCCGCUCCUCUCCAUUCCUUCCCCACUCCUCGCUUCUUUCCCUACCCCCCACUCGUUCUCCACCCACCCCUUCCUCACCCCUUCCCCAUCGUCCCCCAGUUCUUUUGCUCACUCCCCUGCUCCAGAGAGUGUCUGAAGAGAUGUCUCACAAUAUUAUUUUUAUCUAGGAACAGUCAAAGGUGCUCAUAAUCAUAAUAAGUUUGUUGUGUAUGUUAUUUGGCAGUUCUGGCAUUAAGGUACAUUGUACGUUUGCAUUGCAGAUAUUCUACUGAAUGGCAGUUCUGUUGUUAAUGUACGUUUACAGAACAGAUGUCCCACUGAAUGGUAAUUCUGCCGUUAAGGUGCGCUGCAGAUUUGCUACAGAACAGUAGUUCUGCCAUUAAGGUACGCUGUAUGUUAGUACAGGUGCUCUACAGAACAGCAGCUCAGCCAUUAAGGUACGCUGUACAUUUACAGUACAGACACUCUACAGAACGGCAGCUCUGCCGUUAAGGUACGCUGUACAUUUACAGUACAAACACUCUUACAGAACAGCAGCUCUGCCGUUAAGGUAUGCUGUACAUUUACAGUACAGAUGCUCUGAUUUUCUCCAUUCUAUUAGACGUUGCUUUAUAUCAUCACCUCUCCUCUGAAAACAAUUUUGUAUCUCACUUCUCUCACCAUUGGCCCACUAGACGUUAUGUUUUUAAUGUUAACAGUUGAGCAUUGGCAGAUAAAAAAGAUGAUUUCCUUUUCCAAACAAGUUGAUGAUUGUCUGAGAUGGCAGAAUUUGUACUUUCCAUGGAUCAUAAAGCAAUUAGAGAUUAGUUUAUGGCAUAUGUGCCUAAUGUGAGUAAACGGGAUAUGUGUAAAGGGGUGCAACGAAUAGCUCGGAUGUACUGGGCUGAAGGGUUUCCAUGUCUCUUGAGUCUCUUUGUCAGGAAACACUGGCAUCUUAAAUCUGAUGUUUCCAUAGGAGCAGAAUUGAUCCAUCAAGUCUACUCCACCAUUCCAUCAUGGCUCCCUCUCAACCCGACUUGCCUGCAUUUUUCCCAUAAUCUUUGACACCCUGACUAAUCAAGAACCCAUCAACCUCCAUUUCUUUAUGUUGGAGGCUGUGAUGUCCUGGGGACCAGCCCAUCUGCCCACUCCCAACAAUACUCUCCAGAUUCUACACACACCUGCAUGCUAAGGGCAGUUAACUUACAUAGAACUCAGAAUUUGCAUUUCAAGCAAUGUUAAAUCUGCUCACUGAAUCUGCCUCUUGCAUUGUCUUAACUGUUAAGCACAGGUCCUUGUUCUAAACCAGGGGUUCCAAACCUUUUUUAUGCCAUGGACCACUAUCAUUAAGCAAGGAGUCCAUGGACCCCAGGUUCAGAACUGUUGUAAACACUGUAGUUGUCAGUGGGAGUUCUGAACAAACAUGAAGAGUUUUUCUGUAGCCGUGAUCAAUCUCUCUGAAAAAGUCUUCUUUUUUACAUGCCUAACUUGGUUUCAAAGACUAGAUAACUCAACAUGUGGCAACGGAUUGGAUUAAAAUCCAGUGUGAAGAUAGUGCAAGAGAUAAAUGUAUGUAUUUGUUCUUUGGUGAAAUAAGGCUUCCUCCACAUCCUUCCAUCAAACUCUUCCAAGUCAGAUACAAUAUGGGUUGGGUACAGAAUGAAGCAACCUCUACACUGUCCCAUCAGACACUCCCAGGACGUGGAUAACAUGAGUUGGGUACAUAUAGAGCGAAGCUCCUUCUACUCUUUUCCAUCAAGUACUAUCAAGGAAGAGUCAGAAUGGCUUAAAUUAUGAGUGAAGCCAUCUCUACACUGUUCCAUCAAACUCACCUAAAGCAGGGAUAAUGCAGAUUAACUGCAGAAUAAGUCUCCCUCGAUUCUGCCCUACCUCAGUGCCAAUACCAGCAGAGCACUUCCCAAGACAUGGAUAUUUUUCCAGAUCCCACACAUAAGCCCGGAAACACUCUGUUAGACCAUGAGGCAUAUGACCUCAAGCCAUCUCUCAUCGUAGCUUUCCCCAUGUGUUAAUUUUAGGUCAUAAGAUAUAGGAGCAGAAUUAGGCCAUUCAGCCUAUCAAGUCUGUUCCACUAUUUCAACAUGUAUGAUUUAUUAUCCCUCUCAACCCCAUUCUCCUGCCUUCUCCCUAGAACCUUUGAUGCCUUUACUAAAACCUAUCAUCCUCCUCUUUAAAUAUAUCCAGUGACUCAGCUUCCAUAACUCUCUGUGGCAAUGAAUUUCACAGAUUCACCACCCUCUGGCUAAAGAAAUUCUUCCUCAUCUCGGUUCUACUCUGAGCAUAAACUCCCCCACAAUUGGAAACAUCCUCUCCACAUCCACUCUUUCUAGGCCUUUCAAUAUUUGAUAGGUUUCAAUGAGAUCCCCCCCUCAUUAUUCUCAACUCCAGUGAGUACAGGCCCAGAGCUGAUCAAAUGCUCCUCAUGUAUUAGUACAUCAGCCUCUGGCCAUUGAGAUUAUACAAAUUCUUUCACAUCAGUACAAAUAGAUAUCUGUGGGACUGAAACAGGUUGUUUGUUUCUACCCCCACCGCCCAACUCUUGAUGAUGUGUUGCAAAUGAAGCCUUUCUUCACCCUGUUAGUAGUAGUUGAUAUUGAAUGGUACUUAUGGUGCACUUGCCCUAUGGUAUAAACAGACACAAAUGUAAUGUGAACAUCUUUAACAAUAACUGAUCUGGUGGUCUCAAAUGUGGUCGGCAAAUCUGAACUUAUCACUGGUCCUGACCGGUCGAACUCCUAAUAUCUUCUAAAAUCAAAAUCAGGUUUAGUAUUACUAAUGUAUGUCAUGAAAUUUAUUGUUUUGUGGCAGCAGUACAUUGUAAUACAUAAUAAUAAAAGCUAUAAAUUACAAUAAGUAUAUAUAUAUAAAAAACAAAAAUAAGUAGUGUGAAAAAGAGUAAAAAUUGUGCGGUGGUUCAUGGACUGUUGGCAGAGGAGUAGAAACUGUUCCCAGAAGUUUGCACUUCAUGGCUAGUGGGUAGUGAUGAGUAUUUCUUUAUUUACCUGUGAAUGCCUGCAAGAAAAUAAAUCUCAAGGUAGUAUAUGGUGACAUACGCUCUUCGAUAAUAAUUUUACUUUACUGGUUAUAUAGGGACCUUGCACAACCAGUACAAUGAUAAUUUGAUUUUCUGAAUGUUGGCUGAAACCAAAUGGUCUUGUAAACUUAGGCAGAAGCAGUUACAGGUCCAGAUUUGAGCCUAACCUGGGCUAAGGAACCAAGUGAAUUUCACUGAGAGUGUACAGAGUGUUGUCCCUUGACUUGGACUUGUGAAUAUUAGACAUUCUUAUGGUUUAUUUUGCCAAUUAUUUUGUGCCAAUUUCUAACGGUUCCUACAGGAGGGGUUGCUAAUAUCUUGAGUGUUAGAGGAAUGAGAGAGAGAGAGCUCCUUAGAGUUGGGAAAAGGUGUGUGGUACAGCAGGAAUCUCAUUCAUACUCACAACGUUGAAUUCUGGUCCACAUUGCUGUUUGCCUCACCACUUAAUGUUAAGGUGGCAUGCUGUCUGUUCAAGAGAUAGAGCACUCCAGCACGGAAACAGUCCCUUUGGCCCAUCUGGUACUUGCCAAAAUAUUAUUCUGCCCAGUCCCAUUGACCUGCACCUGGAAUACAGUCCUCCACACACCCCACCCCCCCCAUCCAUGUAGUUUUUUCAAAAUUCUGUUCAAUGUUGCAAUCAAACCCACAUCCACUACUUCCGCUGGCAGCUUGUUCCACUCUCUCACCACCCUGAGAGUGAAGAGGUUCUCCCUCAGGUUCCCUUUCACCCUUAACUCAUGACUUCUAGUUUUAGUCAAACCCAAUCUCAGUGGAAAAAAUUUUAGAUUUACCUCUCUAUGCCCCUCAUAAUUUUGUAUACCUCUAUCAGAUCUCCCCACAUUCUCCUGUGCUUCAGGGAAUAAAGUCCUAACCUAUUCAACCUUUCCCUAUUACUCAGAGCCUCAAGUCCUGGCAACAUCCUUAUAAAUUUUCUCUGCUCUCUUUCAAACUUUGGGAUAUCUUUCCUAUAGGUAGGUGACCAGAACUGUACACAAUUCUCCAACUUACACCUUACCAACAUGUUAUACAAUUUCAAAAUAACAUCCCAACCCCUGUACUCAGUAUUUUGAUUUAUGAAUGCCAACGUGCAAUAAGCUCUCUUUGCAACUCUAUCUAACUGCGACACCACUUUCAAGGAAGUAUGGAUCUGUAUUCCCAGAUCCCUCUGUACCUGUACCUCUCAUAAUUUUGUAUGCCUCUUUCAAAUCUCCUCUCAUUACUGGUGUACUGUGGUAUGUUUGACAAGGCAGAUUCAUCUGAUUACUUCUUUACGUGUUGACUGUUGAGCAGCAUCUUGUGGCGUUCCCUUAUGCUGAGUCGUCGAUAUAAUCUCCAAGAGUCUGUGCUGGUCCAAAGAGAUGACACUUUGGGCAUCAAGCACUUUUCCUGGAGGAAAUCUGAAGAUGAAGCAGCAUCUCUGCUGGAAAGGAAUUGUCAGUGCUUCAGGUUGCAACUCAAAACUUCAACAAUUUCUUCCCUCCAAAACCCAACUUCCCGCAGCUGCUGCUUGACCUACUGAGUUCCUCCAGCAGACUGUGUGUGGCUCCAGAUUCCAGUGCCUGGACUAUCUCUUGGCUGUACUUCAUGACAAGGUACUGGCUCAUGGCUUUGUUUGCCUUCCCCAUGUUUGGGAAUUGGUUCCCUGGUUUAGAACAUAGAACACAGCACAGUGCAGUACAUGCCAUUCAGCCCAUGAUGUUGUGCUGACCUUGUAACCUACUCUAGGAUCUAUCAUCCAUGUGCCAAUCUAAAUAUCCAUAAUGUAUCUGUCUCUAUCACCACUCCUGACACCCACCACUGUCUGUGUUAAAAACCUACCUUUGACAAUCCCCUAUUCUUUACUCCAAUCACCUUGAAAUUAUACUCCAUGUAUUAGCAAUUUCAGCCCUGGAAACUGGUCCUUGGCUGUCCAGUUGAUUUUUGCCUCUUAUUUUGUACACCUCUGUUUCAUCAUCUCAUCCUCAUUUGCUCCAAAGAGAAAAGCCUUAGCUCUCUCAGUCUAUCCUCAUAAAUCAUGCUCUCCAAUGUAUCAAUUUAUCAGGAUAGGCAGUAUCCUGAUAAAUCUGCAACACCCUCUCUAAAGCUUCCACAUCCUGAGGCAACCAGAACUGAACACAAUACUCCAAGUGUGGUCUAACCUGGCUUUUACAGAGCUACAACAUUACCUUGGGGCUCUUGAACUUAAUCUUGUGACUAAUGAAGGCCAAAACACCUUAUGCCUUCCUAACCACCCUAUCAAUUUGUGCGGUAACAUUGAGGUACUUAUGUUCUUUUUGCCUCCUUUUUGUCCUAAAGAUUGUGCAGUGGGAGUUCUGAAGGGGUAGUGUCUAUCUGGGAGGAUUUUGUAGAUUGGAGUUGGAGCAAUGAGGGUUGUAUGUAGUGGUAGUUGGGGGUUGUAUUUCGGGUUAGUUGGGGAUUACAUUCAAUUUCAAGUUUAUUGUCAUCUGACUGAACAUAUAUACAACCAAAUGAAAUAGUGUUCGUCCGAACAAUGGUGCACCCACAAAACAUAUAUCACACUCAGCACAAAAGGCAAACUAUUACCACAAAUAAGAUAAUAAAAAUAUAAUUCAACAGGCAUGUAGAAUUAUAUUAUUGGCUGUGACGUAAUUGAGAUGAAUGGGGGUGGGAGGAUUAGCCCAGUUGGGAUCUUGGAAUCAUUAAGACAGCUGGUUCCCUUCUCUUCCAUAACAUUCCAGCGUAACUUGGUUUCCUUGAAUAGGUUCCUUCUCCACACCCAACAAACCCCCUCUCAUACUCCCUCCGCCCAUGUUUAAUUCAAACACUUAAAUUUAAUGCUGUUAGAAAAUAGCUUUUUUUUUGUUGUUGGGAGGGUAAAGUUUGCAAUGAAGGUUGAGUGCAUUUCUGGUAUGGAAAGGGUUGCCGCUGCAAGGGAAGAACAGUUAAUUGUACUGUAUCCUGGAGCCCAGUUCAAUCAAUGCACAGAAAAGUGUGUGUGUGCGUGUACGUGUAUAAUUGCCCUGAUGAAGAAUCUCAGCCCAAAUCAACUGUUUAUUCAUAGAUGCUGCCUGACCUACUGAGUUCCUCCAGCAUUUUGUGUGUGUUGCUCUAGAUUUACAGCAUCUGCAGAAUCUCUUGUGUUUGUGUGUAUGUGUGCGUGUUGUGUAUGUCUGGGACUCACUGAGUGAGUGAUCUCCAUGUCUAAUGACUAGAGUCCAAAUGUCUCCAUUCAUUUAGUAGAGAGAGGAUUCUUAGACAAGCCCUUGUUCAGCAUGAGGGUGUGGCUCACAGUAAUUCUUUUUAUUUUGUUCAGAAUGGAGAGAAGUUUUGCCUCACGAGCUUGCGAAUAAAACACAGGCUCAAUCCAAAUAAUUCUUCUCUUGACAAGGUGUAGGACAGAAAUGGAUGGUCUGAUACCCGAUGGCAUUGAAUGCUUCUUCGAGACCAGCUGUCAAACGCCACACAUAUACAGUGUCAGGCCAAAAUCGUUGGCUGGUUGUACAUUUUGACUGUAUUACAUUUAAUUGUAUAGGUGUAUAAAAUGUUUGGGAUUUUUAUUUGUAAUUAUUCCCGAUUGUAUUUACCCUCACUGCUAUCUGGUUCUUUGUAAAAGAAAGCCAUGUUUAUAUUCGGUUUGUUACCAAUAAUCCUGUUUCUAUGAAAUCUGUAUAUCGAUGGUACGCGUUCUUGUUCCAGUCUGAUUCUGCAUGAGUUCAGUGGGACUAGUUCACAGGAGAUUGCCUUUUAUGUAGUCCGUGCUAUUGGUUUUAAGUGCACAGAUCGCUGCUCUGAACUGGAUUCUUUCUGGGUCGGAGUCCAUGGUAUUCAGCACUUUGCAGAUCGUUAAUAAAACUAUUUAUUUCACA